GAAAUUCCUAGUUAUAUCUCCACGUCAGUUCAUCUAGACAUAUCGAUAUGAAAUUCGCACUCCCCCUCCUCUUUGGCGUGGCAAGUGCCCAAUCUUUCUUUCUCGACGAAGAAGCAUGCCAAGAAGAUAAAUACUUUCUGAGGUCGCAUAUUGGAGAUCGAUUUGAUCGUGACUUAAUGGCAGAACUCGACUCGAGUUACAUUCGGAUUUUAUACCCCGGUGACCAUAUUUCCCCUAUUCAGCGUGCUGAUAGAUUGAAUAUUUUCUUGGAUGGGGAUAACAAGAUUUGGUUGGUUGAUUGUUUCUAGUUUAUCCUCUGUUGGGUUGAAUAAUGGAUAUAUCGGGCAUUCUCAUUUGUAAUGGAAGUAAAUCAUACCUAUCUAUAAUAUAGAUCUCUUGAACAGCAAUACGGUUAGCCCCUGGCAGCAUGGUAUGUACCUACUUGACAUUCUCACUGAUUCUUCUGCCGUGGUUGAAUAAUAAUAUUGGGUAUUUUACUGCUAUUGGUAUAAUAAAUAAUCAACUCAUCGAAUCCUGCUGCACCUUUAAGAGAACCUCCAGCGCCGUCCCCAUCUCUGGCCCUGUAUAUGUCACGCCGAUUAUGUCUGACUUUUCAAUUCCCAUUCCCUCGCAUGGCUGGUCACACGCACGUAAUGUAAACAUGUUCUUCUGCUCUGGAUAGUUCUUGAUGGCAGUGAAGAGAACGACUUCUCCCGCCCCGUA